AUGUGCGCACACCCGCUCUUCAGAGGUGCCCGCGGACCCAGCUGCCCACUUGCCCCCGGACCACCAUCCCUCCUGCUCUGUCGCCUUCCCUCGGAGCUCCCCGGUGACCCCUUUCCUGGCCCCCGCGGGAGCCAAGGGCCGGUGACGUCCCGGUGCCCAGCCAGCCCAGCCCGCGGCUCUGCCCGUGGCUCUGCCCACGGCGCUCUCCCUCCGCCCCGUGUCCCGCUCCCCGGGAGGCUGUGCCAUGCUGCGGGUGCCGGCGGGGACAGCGACACCGGCAGGGACACGGAGCCCGGAGGGGACGGGGACACUGCCGGGGACACGGACAGCGCCGAUCCGAGGUGGAAGAUGACGGUCCCAGUGCCCAACAGCACGGCGGUGUCAUGGGCAUGGUCAGAGCCGGAGCCAGAGCUGGAGAGGUCACCCUGCCUGGUUGGCAUCGUCCCCAUCGUGUAUUACAGCGUCCUGCUGGGGCUGGGGCUGCCAGUGAACAUCCUGACUGCCGUGGCCCUGUCCCGCCUGGCCACCAGGACCAAGAAAUCGUCCUACUGGUACCUGCUGGCCCUGACCACCUCCGACAUCCUCACCCAGGUCUUCAUCAUCUUCGUGGGCUUCAUCCUGCAGACAGCCAUCCUGGCACGGGCGGUGCCCAGCGCCUUCAUCCACACCGUCAACGUGCUGGAGUUCACAGCCAACCACGCGUCCACCUGGGUGACCGUGCUGCUGACCGUGGACCGCUACGUGGCCCUGUGCCACCCCCUGCGCUACCGCACGGUGUCCUACCCGCGGCGCACCCGCAGGAUCAUCGCCGCCGUCUUCGCCGUGGCGCUGGCCACCGGCAUCCCCUUCUACUGGUGGCUGGACAUGUGGCGUGACGCCGACCCGCCCACGGCGCUGGACACGGCGCUCAAGUGGCUGCACUGCGUCACCAGCUACUUCCUGCCCUGCAGCAUCUUCCUGGCCACCAACUCCAUCAUCAUCCGCAAGCUGAAGCGGCGGAGGCGCGCGGGGGGCGGCAAGACCACGGCGCUUCUGCUGGCCGUCACCACCGUCUUCGUCGUGCUCUGGGCUCCCCGCACCGUCGUCAUGAUGUGCCACCUCUAUGUGGCCUCGGUCAGGAGGGACUGGCGAGUGCACCUGGCUUUGGACAUCGCCAACAUGGUGGCCAUGCUCAACACCUCCUUCAACUUCUUCCUCUACUGCUUCGUCAGCCAGACCUUCCGGCGCACGGUGGGCGAGGUGCUGCGGGGACAGCCCCGGCAGGGCUCCCGCCGAGGCAGUGCUCACUUCCCACCCCCGGCCCUGAAACCGCUGAAGAUGCUGGGCAGCACCACGCUCUGA